AUGGCAUUGAAACUUUCUCAACAGCUUGGUCACAAAGCAGCCGAAGGACGCAUUCACCAAAGUAUGGCAAAGUCGUACUAUUUGAGUGGUCAGAUUGAAAAGGCUCUUAAUUCCGGUAAGAAAGCAUUGGCUAUUGCUGAAAAGGUCGGCGACAAAGCUGGAGAGGGGCGGGCUUCAGGAACAAUUGGGAAUGCAUACAUGGAGUUCGGACAGAAUAUGCAAGAAGCGAGAUCAAAAUUUCGUGAACACCUGAGGAUAGCGAGGGACCUUUGCAACAAGGCAGACGAAGGAGAUGCCCUGGCAAGCAUGGCCCCUUUCUAUAUCGAGAUUGGACAGUACAGCAAAGCACUUGAAUGUUGCAAUAGCUGUUUGAAAAUCGCAGAAAACCUCCAGGAUAAAGCCCGCGAGGGAAGAGCUUACGGGAAUUUGGGUAAAUUCUAUAUAGCAGUUGGUCGAUUGGAAGAGGCUAUUGAAAGCCAUCAACGACAUUUAAAAAUUGCCACGGAGUUGGACGACAAGGCUGAAAUAGGAAGAGCCAAUGGGAAUCUUGGAAAUGCCUACAGCAAAAUUGGUCAGCACCAACAUGCAAUGAAAUGUCACAGUAAAGAUAAAGACAUUGCCGAGGAGCUUGGUAACGAAGCUCGAAAUGGACGGGCGCAAGGAAACAUGGGAAUUACGUACGCCAACAUGAAACAGUUUGAGAAGGCCUUCAAUUGUCAUCUUGAACAUUUGAGUAUUGCCGAGAAGCUUAAUGACAAAUCAUCGUUGGCAAAAGCUUUACUUGGUUUGGGGGAGUAUCAUAAAAACCACGAUCAAUUUGAGAAAGCUAUUGAAAAUUUUAAUCGCUUACUUGAAAUCUCAAGACCUGACCUUGGCAGUCCAGAAUUAACGGCAAUUGCGCAAGAAAUGUUAGGACAAUGUUACAUAAACUCCGAUCCUUCCAAGGCAUGUUCGCUUUUCGCAAAAUCAAUAAUAAAUUUUCAAGACAUACGUAAAUCCUUACGUGAGCAUGAUGAGUUUAACGUUUCCAUGUCCAAUAGAUUCUCCCACGUUCAUAAACUGUUGCUUGAAAGUUUGCUCAAUUUGAAAGAGGUGCAGACAGCCCUUGUUGUAUCCGAUUGUGGCAAAGCACAGGCUCUGCGUGAUCUAACCUGGAAAAAAGUUCAAUCGUGUGACGAUAUACCUUUCGACAAUUUCUACAAAGAAGAUCCAAUGGAAACCAUUGCCUUAGAUCCAUCCCCAAGCAGCUUGGAAAAUCUAAUCGUCGAUUCGUUUAACAACAUAUUAAAUUUUCGACAAGCAGACGCAAUCAUUUCGUAUGCAUUUGGAUCAAAUGGGGAAUUGAAUUCGUGGGUGAUCUCUCAAGGCGUAUUUCACAAGUCGUAUAAGAUCCCGCAUGAGAGAUCGAUGAGAAACUACUUACAUCGACACAUUUCCUGCCUUAAGGGCAACCUGAACGUCAGAACUGCGCAGAGUAGUUUACGGGAAGAUUUCAAAGUAUUGCCUGAUAUCGAAUUGUCAGAAAGCAACCCUCUGUUUUCGAUGUCGGAUGAAAAUGAAAAUUAUGAAGGUGAAAACAUAGCUGAGAUUCAUCAUCUUAGAAACACGGAUUUCGUGAACAAUUCAUGCUCUCGAAAACCAAGCCUUUCGACCAAGAAGUCAGCCCAGAGCGCUCCCUAUAAUGUUGACCUGCAAGACCUCUACGCUGCCUUAAUCCAACCUAUCGAGGAACACCUUUAUGGUUCAAAACUGCUCAUCGUUCCUGAGGGACCUUUGUUUACGCUCCCAUUUCCCGCUCUUCUCGAUCCUAGUGGGACUUACUUAUGCGAAAAGUACAGCUUACAAUUCAUCCCGUCUUUGCACGUGCUUAAUUUCUGUUUAUCGAGACAACCAGCUCAGCUCGGACCCGCUUUGUUCGUAGGAAAUCCGGAGAUUGACAUGGCUGAAAUUGAUGGCCAACGUAUUAAGCUACCCCCCUUACCAAACGCUGAACAAGAAGCUAUUGAGUGUAGCAAGUAUUUCAAUGCGCAACCGUUGUUAAAACACCAGGCUACCAAAGAGAAAGUUCUGAGAGAAAUUGGAAAUGCGAGCGUUGUUCACAUAGCAUCACAUGGCUAUUUUAAACACGCAGAAGUAUUUCUGGCACCCAAUGACGGAGCACCAGAUCACCCAUCAUCAUAUCUGUUAACUGCUGAAGAUAUCCUGAGGUGUCGCCUGAAUGCCCGUCUUGUUGUCCUGAGUUGCUGUGAUAGUGGCCGUGGUGAAAUAUCUUCGGAGGGCGUCGUCGGCAUCGCACGUUCGUUCCUCGGAUCCGGAGCACGUGCCGUCCUCGUGGCACUUUGGCAAAUCGACGAUGCAGCCACGAUGGAAAUCAUGAUUGAGUUUUACGAUAAGAUGGUCAACGGCUGUUCCGUGUGUAGUGCGCUACGGCAUGCGAUGGUUGCAAUGAAGAAAAAAUACCCACCAUCUGCUUGGUCGCCAUUUCAAGUAAUUGGUGAAGAUAUCGUAUUAACCUAUGAGGAAAUUGAAGAAAUUCGCCGACUAUCUGUCUCGAGUUUGAAGGAGGAUGCCGUUCCUUCGGCGCAGAAUGUUUAUGGCAACGAUGGUAAGGACACAGAUUCUUUGGAUGAAUUGAUUGCAAUGCUUUCUUUGGAAGGUCUUACAUAG